GAAGAGGAAGAGGAAGAGGAAGAGGAAGAGGAAGAAGAGGAAGAAGAGAAAGAAGAAGAAGGCGUAGUACCCAUAGAGCAACCUGAGUCCGCUAAAAGACGAACCACCAGAAAAAGAAACAUGCCCAAGUAUAUUGAAGAAUCUAUGGAUACAACAGAUUCUUCUUCAUUGCCUUUAGUGAAAAACGAUACCACUACACCUAUAUCAGCUGCACCAAAUACACAAUCUUCUGUUGAUUUAUCUGAAACUGGUGUAUCAACUAAUAUAUCGUCUAUCGACACACAGCCUGUUGCAAUAGAGUCACCAAACACCAAAUUGCCUGCUGGUGAAGAAACAUUUACCAUGACAAAAGCAUUGAUUACUACAGAGCCAUUUGCUGAUGUAGAAAAAACAGAAACUAUACCACUUCCUGAACAUCAACAAAAUGACACUGAGUCGACGUCAAUAUCACCCAAAGUAUCCAAACGAGGCGUAAGAAAAAACAUUAAAAAUCAAGAUCCAAAUCCAAAGCCUCUUUCAGCUUGCGGAAGAGGAAGAAAGAAGGUAUCUAAGGAUACCGAACAAGAGGUCAAUGAAACCCAACUAGCUCAGAUACCAGAAGCUCAGAUAAAGCAAGAUUAUAAUCAUACAGCAUUAGAGUUCCUCUUGACAGAUAAAUCAAGCUAUCUAGCAGAAGCAGAUUUGCGUGUAAGUUUCGUAACAAAGACAUAAUGUAGUCAUGUCUUUGAUAGGCUAUGAUCCCUGAUUUUAUUCAAAAACUCCCGAUCAAAGAUCAACAAGAACUAGCGUCAUUGUUACCUAGCUCUGACAAGACAGUUGAAGGCAAAGCACCUCAAAUUAAUCCUUUUUUUAGUUCCACAUCCAACAAUUUCUUUUGGGAAUCAGUCAGACGUUGGCAAGAAUGUUUAGCAUUAGGUCAAUUUGACAAACAAGCUCUUGCAAAAGCAGAAUCAAGAAAACAAAAAGAACAGGAAGAUACCAGUUUUAAAGAUGAAAAUUAUGAAGCUUAUUGGGGAGAGCGAUUGGAACGAGACAAAGAGACAAAAGAAGCUAAGCUGUUCAAAACCAAAGGAAAGAGUACCACUCGAGG